CGCCCUGACAGAAGACAGGCUAGAAGCAGGAUCGAUCUGCAGACGAAGAAGCCGUUUGCCUCCAGAGCUCCGUGAAGUCGUCUGCUUCUGGAGCAUUCAGUUCGUUAAUACUGUGUGGGUAGCACGUUUACCGCACCGUGCACGCGCUAGGCCUGGAACAUUCACGUAUUGCCCGUGCAAGUGUUUGACAAACAGGAUGUGUAUUUCUUCCUGGUUCUGAUGGUGCAGAUCGCAUGGUUCACAUCGCGAAGUGGAUGUUUUUCAGUUUACCUUACACAGGUUAGGAACACAGCUGAUUCUACAACCUCAACAAGUUAAAAGAAUAAAUUUUCUCAAAUAGGAGAUUAGGCAUUGAUAAAAGUGGCUUUUACGUGUGUUUUCGCUGUGGGAAUUUAUCAGGACUAAAAUCAAUUACACGAUGGUGUGUGCCCAGAAGUGCAGUGUUUAAAACCUGCAAGUCAAUCCAGAUACACUAUCAAUGAACAAAGCAAGAUCUAAUCGCUGAGGUUCUCGUGAAUGGAUCCGCUUUGGUGUCACUCUACCAGGUCUUUAAUUGAUUGUUUCGCUGUUAGGCACUGAGUAUAACUGAUGGAAGUACACAAUCUGUGAAGCGAACGGCAACAGAGGUACAUGAUAUUAAGAUGGAUGCUGACGACGACGAAGGAUCCUACUACGGCUCUUCCUACGGCUACGAGGACCUUACGUUCCUAGAAGCAUGCAUCGAGCAGGAUAUCGAGGCGGUUCAGGCUAUCCUGGACGAGAACCCGACAGAAGAGGAAAUCAAUGAAAGAGACAGAUCUGGACGGACAGGGCUGAGCUACACGUGCUCUCAUGGCAUCGUCCCAGUCCUUGACAUGCUCGUAGAAACACCGGAAGUGGAUCCAAAUAUACCGGAUAAGGAAGGAAAUACCCCUCUAAUAUUCAGCUCUCAAGCAGGUCAUACGGAUGUUGUUCGGAUUCUUCUGCAAGACUUUAAGAUUAUUCGCAUUGACCAACAGAAUAAACUGGGAUUCACAGCCUUGAUGAAAUCAGCUAUUCAGGGACGGACAGACUGCGCCAGAUUGUUACUGUAUGCAGGUGCUGAUCCUAAGCUCCGCGAUCAUGGCAGGAAGCUGUGUGCCGAAGAAUGGGCUCGCUUUGUAGGAAGGAAAGAGUGUGCAGAAUCCAUUGCCAAGUUCUCGAACACAAAGAGAUUUUGCCUGAAGUCUCGUCUCAACCAAAAUGUUGAACGUUGCAGCAGUGUACCAGAUCUUGCUUCUGAUCGAUUGUCACGCACUGACUCGACAAAACAAUCCAAAAAGAGACGCGGGGGUUCAUUAAGACGCAAAUUGAAAAAUAUUCUACCCCACAACACGGAGACAUUAGGGAUCAAUCUUUCCAGUCCCGGAAGCCCGUUCGCAGUUAUCGCCCGUUGUGUCUCCACUCCCGUUCUUCCGGGAGUGAUCUCCCCUGCGAACUCUCCCUGUCUCAGGCGACCCGUCAGCGCGGACAAUAUCCCCAGGGUGGAGGUCACCGUUCCACUGGAUGAUGAUGGUACCCACGUUGAAAGUAACAUGAUUGCAAGGCGUAAAGCUGCUAAAAGAAAUGCUCAACAGGAUUACAGUGCUCGAUGAUUUUGGAAUUUCCACAUGUACAAUUGUUUCAGGCUGGACUGUGAAGGGGAGUGAAUGAGAAUGUCUGAUUCAUCAUUAAUUUCUUUAGAGAAGAAUAUCUUGGGCCCAGCCGUGUUUGAAUGUGGAUUCUGAGUUGCAUUUUAUUAGAACAUUGGUAGUUUAUAUCAUUUGAUUGCAGUUUUCAUCUUUCCUUCGUCGUGAUAUUUUUUUCAUAUUUUAGUCAUUUUUUACAACUACUGAAAGGCAAAUCCUUUAUGAGGUGAAACAUUCUGCGUUCUGUUGAGCUAAGUGUUCAGUUUUAUUUGUAAUGAAUUAUUCAUUUUCACGCAUUAUUACAUUUAUCUAAAGCAUUUGAGUUUAGGCUGUUAGGUUUAUUUGCAUAACAUUUUGCUUUUUAUAUCUUAUAUGUAUAUUAUGUAUUAAUUGUUUAUCUUGAUGUUUCUUCAUUAUACUUAAAUUGUAUGGUCAAUAUCAUAAUUUCAAUAAUCAAUUUCGUCAUGUUUCUAGAUAAUUUUGACUAUGUUCUCCGUUCCCUUCAAGUUAAAUCGAGAUUUUCAUAUUAUUUUGAUGUUGUGAUGUGAUACUUCGUUUAAAGAAAUCUUUUAUGUAUUUUAUUCAUAAAAUUCUUCAGUCUCUGCAAAUUCAUAUUGAUGCCUUUUGUAAGAUCUGAUAUAUACCAGAUACACAACGUACAAGGGAAGAUGGGUGGACCUUUUUAAUCUUUUACUUUUUAUUCCUUGAAGUUGUUUCGAAUACUUUAAUCAUCUUUGAUAUAUGGCAACAUCAAUCGAACAUUUCCUCUCCUUAAUGUUUAAAUUUGUCUGUAUUACAACCAUGCCAAGAAGUGUCAACAUGUAUUCGAAGAUACGUUUAAAGUGGGCAUAUAUGAAAAGGAAAGGUGGUGCUUUUCAGUCAUCUCAGUUGUCAAACAUUUUUCACAUUUCCAUUUUGAAAAGACUCACUGAUAUUUUGCUAUAUAUCUAUAUCACCUGUGGGUGUCAUAUCCAAACAUUUCUACAACUUUCAUAUAUUUUCCUAUAUAUCGUAAUUUCUAUGUUGUGGUGGUGAAAAUGUGACUUUCUACUAACAUUGGUGAAAAUGUGACUUUCUACUUACAUUGUACAUGAUAAUGUAUUCCUCGGGGUCCUUGCAACGACUAAAAGUGAAGGAAAGUACUCGCAGAUAUAGCGGACAUAUAUGAUAAUAAUAAUUAUCAUCUACUGACAUAAUAAGUCAUCUUAAUAUUAACUUUGAUCUUAUUUGAAGUUCCUUCCGAGUUUUCUUGUCAGUGUAACAUGAGUGAGUAAAUUGUUCAUCGGAACACCGGCUAUCAUACAGUGACGUUAUCUGCCGUUUCAAAAUAUCGAACUUUUUGUUUUUGCUUAUUGGUUUCACAGUGCUCAUACAAGACAGCCAUUUACAAAGGUUGUUCUUUUCGGAAAAUCACAUUAUCUUCGUCAUUAAAUUAAAAUUGUGUUGUGUUGAUUCUUGUGAGUUUUUAUUCUAUUUGUAUUUUCUUUGAUAAUGGUUUUAUACGAUCAUUACGAUUGUUGAUGACAUGUACGUAUGUUAAUGUAUCUUUAAAUAUUUUCUUCCUUGCUAUUGUACCUGUACAGGAUAUCAAAGAAGAAAUAUUUUCUUCAAAAUAAAGUUAUCUGCCAAACGAA